UUAAUGGGUAAAAUGUCACCUUUAAACUGACAAGUUUCACAUUGAUUAGAAAAGGCAUUGAUUCUAAAAGUAGGCCAUAUGACAGCUUUGUUGGAUGAACAGACAAAAUUAAAAUGGUUAUUCACUGAAAAUCCUACCUCCCACUUUGGCACUCAAAUCUCUUUGAACAUUUGUGAAGACUGUAAAGAUGGAUGUCUGUCAUCUGAAACACUGAGAUGUCAGGUGAUACAAUGAUUCAGACCACAAGAAAACUGAGACCAGAGUGAGACAGUUUUAUUGAAUAUUGUCUAAAACUAGACCGUCCACCAAAUCCAACUAAAAAACAACAUCCAAAUCUCAUGCCUCAACCAGAAGGUCCUGCACCGGCUCCUCCAGCCACAGAAGUUCAGCCAGUCUUGAAUCCAUCUGAUCCAAGUAAUCCAGCACCUGGCCAGUUUCAGCCACAUGGAGGUCCUGAUCCAGCUCUUCUAUCUCCAGGUCAGCCCGUCAUGAAUCCAUCUGUUCCAAUUAAUGCAGUGCCCUAUAAAGACUAUCCAGUCCACAGCUACCUUCUAAACGCCAUACCUCAGACAGCAGGACCUGAACCGGUUCCUCCAGGCACAGGCAUCCAGCCACAGAAUCAAACACUUCCAGUUCAGACAGUCAUGAAUCCGUCUGUUCCAAGUAAUCCAGUACCUAACCAGUUUCAGUCACAUACAGUCCAAUACUACCCUCCAAAUCCAAUGCCUCAGCCAGGACAGCACAUAUCCACUUAUCCUAUGGGAGGUUAUGGGGUACCUGGGCAGGUUCCUCCACCUGCAGGGCUCCAGCCACAGAAUCAACCACCUCCAGCUGAGACAGUCAUGGUUCAGUCUGUUCCAAGUAAUCCAGCACCUCACCAGGUUCAGUCAUAUCCAGGUCAUCCCGUCCAAAUCAACCUUUCAAAUCCCAUGCCUCAGUCAGAAGUCAUAGGACUUCAGUCAGUGAAUCAACCACCUCCAGGUCUGCCAGUCUUGAAUCAGUCUGAUCCAAGCAAUCCAGCACCACAACAGGCUCAGCCGUAUGCAGCACCUGAAGUUCCACCACCAGUUCUACUUUUUGGAGUACCACCCGGUCUCGAGUACCUCACUCAGGUUGACCAGAUACUUAUUCACCAAAAAAUGGAGUGCAUAGAGAUGUUUACUGGCUUUGAGACUAACAACCAGUAUGAGAUCAAGAACAGCAUCGGGCAAAAGAUCUACCAUGCCAAAGAAGACAGUAACUGCUUUACACGCAAUUUCUUUGGUCGAGCACGCGAUUUUAAAAUGCAUAUUACAGACAACAUGGACCAAGAGGUUAUUCUGAUGCAUAGACCAAUGCGCUGCUUCCUGCAAGAGAUUGAGGUACAGGCUCCCCCUGGAGUAACCGUUGGCUAUGUGAAACAGGAGUGGUCCUGCUUUUUACCUAAAUUCUCCAUCCUGGGCCCCAACAAUGAGGAACUACUGAAAAUCCAGGGACCCUUCCUUCAAUGCAAAUGCUGUGGUGAUGUUAACUUUGAGAUAAAAGGCAUGAUUGGUGAACAGUCCAUUGGUCAAAUCACAAAACAACGGAGUGGUUUCCUUAAGAAAUGCAUCAGUGAUGCCACC